AUGGGAAUUAUCAACGGUCUCCGCCCCUUGGAAGAACUCUUUUCCAGAAAUGAUGGUUAUCCCACCGCGUCCUCUACGAUUCAGGCUAACACCGAACGAUCAGUGUAUGAGCUGUUUAAAGAGGUCAAAGACGAUCAAACUGUAGAUCAAGUAAAAUUGGACCGGGACACACACAUCGAGUACGUAAGAAAUAGUCUCGACGGUCUCAAUAGAUAUUUCGUGAUUUUAGAUGCGAGUAAACCCUGGCUUUGUUAUUGGAUGUUUCAUUCCUUGGAUUUACUCGGUUAUGAAAUUGGCAGUGAUCUCAUCAAAAGAGGUAUCUCGACCAUCUCCAAGAUGCAGAACAAGACCGGUGGAUUUGGCGGCGGACCUGGCCAAAUAUCACACGCCGCCGUAACCUAUGCUGCCAUAAACACGUUGGCGAUCCUAGGAACGAAAGAAGCUUACGAUCUUAUCGACAGAGACAAUCUUUACAAAUGGUUUCUCAAAUUAAAACAACCUGAUGGCUCUUUCAUAAUGCAUGAAGGUGGAGAGGUGGACAUACGAGGGACAUACUGUGUUCUUUCUGCGGCCACGCUGACCAAUCUAGUUACACCCGAGUUGACCGCAGGAACAGCAGAAUGGAUCAAGAGGUGUCAAAAUUUUGAUGGAGGAAUUGGUGGUGAACCUGGAAUAGAAGGACAUGGCGGAUACGCUUUUUGCGGACUUGCGUCCAUGGAGAUGAUGGGAAAAUCCGAUAUGCUCGAUAUUCCACUACUGCUUCAUUGGGCUUCUUCACUUCAAAUGCAAGUCGAGGGAGGUUUUCAAGGGCGUCCGAAUAAAUUGGUGGAUGGAUGCUAUUCGUUUUGGGUUGGUGCCCUGUUCCCUGUGCUGGAAGCUAUUUUGACUAGGCAACGAUAUAAAAAAAAUGAACCUGAUGAAGAAAAUUUAGGUUAUGUUGCCCAAUCAUUAUUUGACAGAGAGGCACUACAGGAAUAUAUCCUGAUAGCCUGCCAGUAUCCAAGAGGCGGUCUGAUCGACAAGCCAAAAAGAUCACCGGAUCAUUAUCAUACAUGUUAUUGUCUGAGUGGUCUUUCCACCUCACAAAAUCAUGUGAUUUAUGAUAUUGAAGAGGAGAUGGAAAAAGGAGUUACUAAUCCCGGUGCAAGGUCUCUGUUAUGGGCUGAAGACAUUGCAGGCACUUUUGUCAUAGGUGACCCGGAAAAUCUUGUGAAAGCUACUCAUCCAAUUCACAAUAUCACUCUGCCUCAAGUCCAAAAAAUAAUUGAAUAUUUUUAUGGGAAUAAUAUUGAUUCCUCCAAAUAA